AUGAACUUGACUGUCGAGCAGAAGAUGGUGCUGUAUGUGAAUGGCAACCAUUGCAUCCCCGAGCAGAAAUCUGUCGACGGUGAGACCUACAUGCAUCUCAAGAAGUGGGAUCGUGCCCUUGUCAAAACACUGACAGGGAAAUCCUUAGACUUGCGGCCAGGCAAAGCCAGUGGAUCGUUGAACAUUGACAUCUGGGACGAAAUGAUCCGUGCGAGGCAGGACAAGGCAAACCAGUUGUUGCAGGAGGCAUUGAACACGGAGGAGGAUGCUGCGACGGAGAACAAGAAGAAGUCCAAGAAGCCGCAAGUUUUCAAAGCCUCUUCGAAACAUGCACUGGUGUUGCCGCUGAAAUUCACCAUCUCGGUCCAGGGGCACGAGUUCCAGGUGCUGUUCGACGGAAUCGGAACAAAAUCGGUGUGGAUCGAAUUCUCCGAAGAGAACCUGAAAUGGCUGAAGAAUAGUGUCGACAGCAGUGAGCAGAAACCCCGCAAGAAAAGGCGAACCAGUCGCCGAUCGGGCAAUGAUCAGGAGAAGUCGCAGGAGAAGUCGGAUGAUGACAACGAUGAGAAGAACGAGGAUGCCGAGCAGAGGCUCAUGAUGGACCUCGUGACGGUGGAAGAUGUCUUCUACCCAAUGAAAGGUUGGCACAUCGACACCCGGGAUGGCCAGCAAAGCAUUUGGUUCCACGAGAACCACGAGUUGCCGGAGCCGCCGGAGAAGGGCUGGCAGUUCUGGCACAAUGGGCGAUACCACCAGAGCAAGCUGUGGUUGGUGGAUGUCGACAAGGAUCCCAUGAUCGUGGAGGAGGCGGCCGAGGAAUGCGGCAUGGAGGCUGAGCAGGACCUACCGGAGGAGCCCCUCUUCGAAGAGGAGGACGAACAAGAGGAAGUGUGCAUCGAGGAGGCCCAUGCACCGUCUUGA